CGAGGGCGGCCGCGGGGAGCCCGCGGCGGGGGUGCUGGACCCUUGCGUGGCGGGCGCUUCUCGUCGCGCGAGCGGAGGGUGGCAAAAAGAGCAUCCCUGUUAAGAUUGCUUCCGCAAAGACAUGACCACACAGUACGGUAUUCUCUUCAAGCAAGAGCAAGCUCACGAUGAUGCCAUUUGGUCGGUUGCCUGGGGAAAGAAUAAAAAAGAUGGUUCUGAAACAGUGAUCUCUGGUUCUUUGGAUGAUCUAGUGAAGGUCUGGAAGUGGAAUGAUGAAAAAUUGGAUCUACAAUGGACUUUGGAGGGUCACCAGCUGGGCGUGGUAUCUGUGGAUAUCAGCCACACAGGCUCCAUUGCAGCCUCCAGCUCCCUGGAUGCCCAUAUUCGCCUUUGGGAUUUAGAAACUGGCAAACAGAUCAAGUCAAUAGAUGCUGGUCCUGUUGAUGCUUGGUCCCUGGCUUUUUCACCCGAUUCCCAGUACCUUGCAACAGGAAGCCAUGUGGGAAAAGUAAAUAUUUUUGGUGUUGAAACCGGAAAGAAAGAAUAUUCUCUGGACACCAGAGGAAAGUUCAUCCUUAGCAUUGCAUAUAGUCCAGAUGGAAAAUACUUAGCCAGUGGAGCGAUAGAUGGCAUUAUCAAUAUUUUUGAUAUUGCAACUGGAAAACUUCUGCAUACGCUAGAAGGUCAUGCGAUGCCUAUUCGUUCACUGACAUUUUCUCCAGAUUCUCAGUUACUUGUAACUGCUUCAGAUGAUGGCUAUAUCAAAAUCUACGAUGUGCAACAUGCAAACUUGGCUGGUACAUUAAGUGGUCAUGGAUCCUGGGUAUUAAAUGUAGCAUUUUGUCCUGAUGAUACCCAUUUUGUUUCCAGUUCAUCUGAUAAAAGUGUAAAAGUUUGGGAUGCUGGAACGAGAACCUGUGUUCACACUUUCUUUGACCACCAAGAUCAGGUUUGGGGAGUGAAAUACAAUGGAAGCGGGUCCAAAAUUGUAUCUGUGGGAGAUGACCAAGAAAUUCAUAUUUAUGAUUGUCCAGUUUAAAUGUACUGAUUCAGACCUUUUGGUUAACUCUUGUGGCAGUUUUUAGGAAUACUACUGUCCUCUCUAACUUUUUAGUAUAAAAGCAUUUUGGUAAUGCUGAUCUGCGAAAUCAGGUAUGUUUAUAUGUAAUUUUC